CCUUGUUCUCGCGGGCGUCGUGCACGAGGUCGUAGCUUCCCGGCGGCGGGAGAAAGCGGGCUCGCGCGUAGGGACGUGUUUUUGUGCUCGCGUGGUCAUGGAGGCGUCCUCGGCUAGCUUCGCCGCGACAACUCCGGCCCCUCGCUGGAGCCAAAAACUACUGCUGCUCUUGCUGCUGCUCUUGCUGCCUACCAGAACUCUGCAGAGCUUGGACAUUGAGGAGAGGCCCUGGACCCGCGAAGAUAAGUGCCACUUUUACGCGGGUGGACAAGUGUACCCCGGAGAGGCGUCCCGAGUGUCUGCCUCAGACCACUCUGUGCACCUAAGCAAAGCCAAGAUUUCCAAGCCAGCACCUUAUUGGGAAGGAACUGCUGUGAUCGAUGGAGAAUUCAAGGAGCUGAAAUUGACUGAUUACCGCGGGAAAUAUUUGGUGUUUUUCUUCUACCCGCUUGAUUUUACAUUUGUGUGUCCAACUGAAAUUAACGCUUUCGGUGACCGAAUUGAAGAAUUCAAAUCCAUAAAUACUGAAGUGGUGGCAUGCUCUGUCGAUUCACAGUUUACCCAUCUUGCCUGGAUUAAUACCCCUCGUAAACAAGGAGGACUGGGGUCCAUAAAGAUCCCACUUCUUUCAGACCUGACCCAUCAGAUCUCAAAGGACUAUGGUGUUUAUCUCGAGGAAGCAGGCCAUACUCUUAGAGGUCUCUUUAUUAUUGAUGACAAAGGGAUCCUAAGACAGAUUACUCUGAAUGAUCUUCCAGUGGGGAGAUCAGUGGAUGAGACACUGCGUUUGGUUCAAGCAUUUCAAUACACCGACAAGCAUGGAGAAGUGUGCCCUGCUGGAUGGAAACCUGGUAGUGAGACCAUCAAACCUGAAGAUGCCAUGAAAGCCUGGUGGCCAAGAGAAGAGCUAUAAUCCCAGAUCCAGCUGGAAAACUGAAGUAUUUUGAUAAACAAAACUGAAAAAUACUUCAUUGGGUUUUCAUGCUUGAAAGUUCUCAAUAAAGAGUACCACAUUG